AUGCAGCCACCGUGUUCGCUCCAGCUCGGCCCCUGCGCCCCCUCUGCGCCCCCGGGGUCGCAGGCCAGCACCGCCGGCCUCCAGCAGCUGGAAGAGAAGCAGCUCUUUGAGAAGUUUUGGAAGGGGACUUUCAAGGCUGUGGCCACCCCGAGACCGGAGAGCGUCAUCGUGGCCAGCAUCACCGCCCACAGGAGGGUGACCAACCUCGAGGCAACGGCCUGCCAGCCGCUAAAGACUGACGAGAGGAAAGCGGCGGAAAGCAGGGUGGACCGCGCGGACAGAAAUGGCUGCAUCAAAGGAAAAGGACACAAACACCGCAGUCGUCGCAGGGCCAGGAGCCCCUCCUUUGACGAGGAACUCUCCCCUCGGCCCAAGGGGAAGAAGAAGAAGAGAAAGUCCGAUCGGAGGAGGAAAAGGAAAAGGUCUCCUUCCCACAGCCUGUCACCACUGAGGAAGAAGAAAAAGAAGAAGAAGAAGAGCUCCAAGAAAAGCAAGCGGCAUAGGUAUACCUCCAGGAAGUCAAAACACAGCUCUUCAAGUUUAAAACAUAAGAGGAAGGAUGAGCGCAAGCACAAGAAAAGUUCACGGACUCACUCGAGGCGGAGGCGACGCUAUCGGAGGUCAGAGUCGGACAGUUCCUGCUGCCAGUCUUCCACAGAGGACAGACACCAUCUGCAAAAAUCUGUGGUGCAUCAGGCAUUAGGGGACCUGGCAGCUGUAGUAGAGGAAACCAAUGGAGUGCUUGACCACGCGGACAUGAAGUGGAGACCCGCAACCAAAUCAAUGUGUAAAACGGCUCCAAAAUAUCGCUCCAUCCUCUCAACCGCCACCAUUUUGUCGUCAAAACCUGGAAGCGAGCUUUUACACGGAAAAGGGUCUCAGAAUUUAUCGAGCCAGACCGAAGGUCCGCACGAUUACGAUUCUGGGAAUGACACAUCUUCGCCGCCGUCAAGCAAAACUGGUGUUUCUCGGGCGAGUGUCACCGACAACAAGAGGAGCCACUUUAAACGUCUGGCCUCGCCAGAGAAGCUGAAGUUCACUGACAGAGACAAUGUCUCUGAUUCAGGAAACUCUGUGACCAGCUACGCUUCCUUGUGCAGACCUUGCGGGGAGGACGGCUUGUCUGCAACCCUUUUCAGUGGAAACGGCAAGAGAGAGCAGAUAACCUUGGGGUGCCGGGUAGAGGUUGUGAGAUCUCCAAAGACCUCCAGCUGUUCACAGAGGGUGAGCAAGUCGUCUCGAAGGCGACUGAAAACGCGGUCAUCCAGCAGCAGGAGCAGGAGCAGGAGCAGAUCCUCGGGGAGUUCCAGAUACUCCGGACGCUACUCACGCAGCCUGUCGCUGUCAUCUUGCAGCUCGUACUCGCGCUCGCCGAGUUAUUCAGCUGAUCUGAGGCGACGAGGCAGCGUAGCCAGCCUGAGCUCCAGAGGAAGCUACUCCAGAUACAGUGCUGACAGACUACGACACAGAAAGAGAACACCUAGCUCCAGAGAGACAGAUGUGAAGCAUGCACACAAGGUUAGUGGGAAGAGACGAAGACGCAAAUCCUACUCUCCUAUGAAGAAAAGGAGGAGAGACUCACCAAGCCAUCUGGAAGCACGCCGAAUCACAAGUGCCAGGAAGAGACCCAUCCCUUACUUCAGACCCAGUCCGUCGUCCAGCAGCCGGUCCACCAGCGUGUCGUCCUGGAGCAGCCUCUUCACCCGCAGCCGCAGUCGCAGCCCGAUCCACAGCAUCAGCCGGAGCCGGAGCCGGAGCCACAGCUACUCCUCGUACAGGAGCUACAGCCGCAGUUCAUCCUGGAACUCAAUCUUUGGGACCCGCAGUCGCAGCAGGAGUCGCGGUUCGUUGAACAAGCGCGACAAAACCCGGCAUUAG